GUUCAACUGGCACGAAUCGAUCCCGAAUUGGCCCGUGAAGCUGGUGAAUCGACUUUGGCCUAUUUAACCAGGGUUCGGAAGAAGAUGCCAUCGCUGCCGGUUCCAUUAACGCAGAAAAUUGCCUAUAUGCAUGAAGCGGCUCGGUUUAGGCCACAAAAAUUCGAGCUACAACAUCUAAUGGAACUGAGGUCGCUGUUGAACCAGUUCGUGAAAAUCAUUGCCGAUGCACCGGUAGUGGACGCCGCCACGACAGCAAGCCCAGCCAAGGGCCUUCUCCACCAUUUGGGACAGAAAGCGCUUUCCAGCAAGAAACGGCAAUCGAAAUUUGGUGGAAGUGACGGCGGCCGUCUAUUGGCAGGUUGUAUAAAUGAGGAACGUGUCUCGCUUCUGCCUGUCGACCCAGAUCGCCUCGAACCAUCCAAUCGUCUGCGUCGUCAGAGCGAUUCACAUCGGAGUUUGCUCGAUUAA